AAAAAAUAAAUUAGGAGUGCGCGCUCUUAAAAAAAGUGAGCAAUUUAAACGAAUUAGGUGAACAAAAGAAAAGGGGAGAAAAUGGACAUCACACCAAAAAUCAAUGAAAAUUCAACGAUUUAUCGGUUACUCAACGGGAGCAUAAAUGCCACAAACGACUAUCAGAUUAUCCGUGAAGAAGAAAUGCUGUAUGACGUGCCUAUCUCAAUAAUUGUGCUGCUCUCACUGUUCUACGGCACCAUCAGCAUUCUCGCCGUUGUCGGUAAUUCACUCGUAAUAUGGAUCGUCGGCACCACGCGACAAAUGCAAACUGUUACAAACUUUUUUAUUGCAAAUCUGGCGUUAGCUGACAUCACAAUCGGGAUGUUUACCAUUCCAUUUCAGUUUCAAGCGGCGUUGCUGCAACGAUGGAAUUUGCCAGAAAUUAUGUGCCCUUUUUGUCCGUUUGUGCAGUACGUUAGUGUCAAUGUUUCCGUAUUUACAUUGACUGCCAUUGCCGUCGACAGACAUCGAGCGAUAUUAAAUCCCUUGAGAGCUAGACCAUCAAAGUUUGUCUCAAAGGCUGUGAUUAUUUGCAUCUGGGCAUUGGCGAUAGCGCUAGCAAGUCCAAUCGCGUAUGCCUUACGUGUGCGGCAAUUGGAGGAAUUGUAUGAAUCACAAGAUCUCGUCCAGAGAAAACCUUUUUGCCAAAAUGUGAAUUUAUCCGAACAACAAAUGCUUAUUUAUCGCUACACGUUGGUGUUUGUACAGUAUAUCAUUCCGGUCUGUGUCAUCAGUUUCGUGUACAUCCAGAUGGCGGUGCGUUUGUGGGGAUCCAAGACGCCUGGCAACGCUCAAAAUGCGCGUGAUUUGAAUUUGCUGAAAAAUAAAAAACGAGUGAUCAAAAUGUUAGUUGUGGUCGUUAUAUCAUUUGUAUUGUGUUGGCUACCGCUACAGACAUACAACAUCCUGCAAGUUACAUAUCCCACAAUUAAUGAGUACAGAUACAUCAACAUUAUCUGGUUUUGUUGUGAUUGGCUCGCAAUGAGUAAUAGCUGUUACAACCCUUUUAUCUACGGCAUUUACAAUGAAAAGUUUAAACGGGAGUUUAAGAAACGUUGCCUUUGCUGCAAGUUGGGGUUCCACGAGACUCUGCCAGACUACGGAGACAAAACGUGCACUUCCAUGCACACGCGCGCCAGCUCAAUCAGGUCGAAUUGCGCCAAUUCAUCGAUGCGCGUUAAGUUUCCCAUAAAUAUUUAUCACAACUCCACUUAUACUCCGGCAGGCUUAACAACAGCACCGUCACCUCUGCAUGUCAGUAGCAACGGACACAAUCGCGUGAGAAAUGGCUUGCGUUACAAUAAUGCGGGCAUUGCAACGACCGAACUGAAUUGCAACAGUGCGCGCCACAAAAAUCAUCACAAUGCGAGAUGGCAGUGCAACGAUGACAAUGACGACGACGAGUAUCGGGAGUUAAAUGGCUCGACGGAAUGCGCGGAGAGAUAUAGCAUGGUUUAUCACAAAGUCGGUGGUGCAUCGACAAAGGGACCGCCCGGAGACAAUAGACAAAUUUAUCAGCAGUUUAGAACGAGUCUCGUCGACAAUAAUAACAAGUGUUUGUGUAAAUAUGACGACGACGAACAUUAUGAUAGGCUGUAG